AUGAAUGUCACUACUCCCGAGGUUGCCUUUAGAGAUUACCAGAUCAAAUGUCUUGCAUCGUACAUCUCUGCUGAUCCAGACAUUACUCCACCAAAUUUAAUUCUGCAAGGCUACAGUGGAACAGGAAAAACGUAUACUUUAAGAGAAUAUUUUAAAGCCAAUCCAGACUUGCAUGCGGUUUGGCUGGAACCUGUCGAGUUGGUUUCUUGGAAGCCCCUACUGCAAGCAAUAGCGCGUACUGUUCAGUAUAAGCUAAAAGUAUUAUACCCAAACAUCCCAGCUACAGACUACGAUCCAUUACAGGUUGAAGAGCCAUUUCUUUUAGUCAAAACAUUGCAUAAUAUUUUUGCUCAAUAUAAGUCUUUGAGGGAAAAAGUUUGUCUGUUCUUAAUAUUGGAUGGUUUUGAUAGUUUACAAGAUUUAGAUGCUGCAUUGUUUAAUAAAUAUAUUAAACUACACGAAUUACUUCCAAAGGACUCCAAAGUUGAUUUGAAAUUUGUUUACACCAUGUUAGAGACAUCUUUUUUACAGAGAUACUCCACACAUUGUAUUCCAACCAUUAUGUUUCCGAGGUAUGAGAUGGAUGAAAUUUCUAGUAUCCUAGUUAUGUCUAGAUGUGGUGAGCUAGUUGAAGACUCAUGCCUGCGUAAGCGCAUUAUUGAAGAGCAGAUAACGGAUUGUACAGAUGACCAGUUUCAAAGUGUAGCAGCAAACUUCAUCCACUUGGUUGUACAGGCGUUUCAUUCUUAUACUGGUAAUGAUGUAUUUGCAUUGAAUGACCUGAUCGACUUUAAGUGGCCAGAUUAUGUCUCUCGCAUUACCAAGGAGAACAUAUUUGAACCGCUGACUCUUUAUAAAAGUACAAUCAAACUAUUUGUUGGCACUGAUGAUGAUUUGAGUACAAAUGAAAUUGCAGAGAAUUCCAUGAAUAUUAAUGGGGAUGAGCCUAAGAGCAGCCAAACGUACGAACUAUCAAUAAUUUCCAAGUAUCUGCUAAUAGCUUCGUACAUUUGUUCGUAUUUGGAGCCUAGAUAUGAUGCAAGUAUUUUUUCCAGGAAAACACGUAUUAUACAAGGUAGAGCAGCUUAUGGACGAAGGAAAAAAAAAGAAGUCAACCCAAGAUAUUUGCAACCUUCUUUGUUUGCCAUUGAAAGAUUGCUGGCUAUUUUUCAAGCUAUAUUUCCUAUGGAAGGAAAAGCCAAAAGUGGUUCUCUAUCGGCUCUUCGUGAGGAACCUUUAAUGAGAGCAAAUAUUGAGGUGUUCCAAAAUUUGUCAGAAUUGCAUACCUUAAAACUAAUAGCUACAACCAUGAGCAAAAAUAUCGAUUAUUUGAGUCCUAAAGUCAGAUGGAAGGUAAAUGUUCCUUGGGAAAUUAUCAAGGAAAUAUCGGAAUCUGUUCAAUUCGAUAUUAGCGAUUACUUUAGUGAUGUUCAUGAAUAA